UGCCACGUGGAUCAUCAUCUUCCACUCUAAACUCCACCUUCUGUUGCUGCGCAUAUCCCCACGUGUUUGUAUACUUGCAAAGAUGCAAUAGCAGUGUUGCUUCUGAUUCCUAAAAAAGAAGAAGAUUUGGUUCAAAAUUCAGCUGUCUUUUUGUGUGAAUUUGAUGUCUUCAUUGGCAUUUUCGUCAGUUUCUUCGGCCCUUUACAGACUCUUUCUUUCUCAAGCUAAUAAGCUGAAAUGCACUUCAAACUCUGUACCAACUUUGGAUCAUCAAAUCAGCCUUUUUCCGACAUGGGUUUUCUCUCCAUCUCCUAAUCUUUCGGGGUUUCUGUUAAAGUCUUCAUCUUUCAGCACAAUCAGUGCUAGAGCUGCCACAGAGAACAGCACUUAUGGUAUCACAGUGACGAAAUGGCACGUCUUCCCAUUUCAAAUAGGAGGCAAUGACGUCGGAUCAAUGAAAAUGCAUACUAACUAAAGAGGAAAAACGGGUCAAAAGGAUGCAAUAUUUAUUCAGGCUAAUUCGUGAGAGUGAUAAUGGUGAUGUCUUGUUCCUAAUGAUGUGUUGGUUGAUUUUUGCUUUAAUCGUCAGUGUCUUUUGGAAUUGUAUUAUGUUUUUCAUGUGGCAAAUAUUGUACUUAUAUGAUGGUGUCUGGAAUUUUCUCUCUCUGACAAUCGAGAUGUGGUAUUAGAAUGCAGUAUAUGUAAAUGGCGCUUUAAAUCUUGAUGUGUUCUUGUGUUAAAUUGUCUAUCAAUUGAUCACUGGCUUCACAGUAUUUCUUGACC